AUUGUUUACUUCGCGCGAUCAAGUUUGACAAAACAUCUUAUCGAGAGAUAAUAUCUCACUUCUCCUUUUCCUGUACUAGCAGAUAAUCCCAGUUGCAUUUUUUUUUCUACCACCAUUUUUUUCUUCUUCAUAUGCUUACACCAGCAAAUUAAAGCCGCACUCUCUGUCUGUCUGUGUCUGUGUCUCUGCUCUCAUCACCCACAGGACAACCUCUUUUGAUUAUGCCCACUAAUCUUGCCGUGUCACAUGCUCGUUGGUCGUCGGCAAAAGUCAGCUUCGGAUCGCAGAUCAGAAGAGAAGAGAGAUAGAGAGAGAGGAGAGGAGAGAGAGAGAGAGAGAGCAGAUAAAGGGCGCCGGUGGAGGUGAUGAGAGAGAUCAGAGAUGAGCAGCAAGUAGACAGCCUUCUCAUUCCUCAACUCUCAAGCUAGCUAGCGGCACCUACUUCUUUCACUCUGCUUCCCCCUCUCUCUCUCUCUCUCUCUCUCUCUCUCUCUCUGGGCAAGAAGAGCAGUCGAGCAGAGUGUAGUGCAGUGUGCACAGUGCAUGUUCGCCAUGGCAAGCGGCGGCGGCGGUGGCGGCGGCAAGGAGGAGCCUGGGUUGUUGGUGAAGCAAGGGAGCAAGCUGCACGCCAAGAUGCUGUCCAAGGAGGCGGCGGCGCAGCUGGCGGUGCCGUCGUUCCGGGUGUACUACCCCGUAGCCUCGGCGGGCGCGGUGCCGUUCCUGUGGGAGUCGCAGCCGGGCACGCCCAAGAACGACUCGCCCUCCUUGGCCGCGCUCCCGCCGCUCACCCCGCCGCCGUCCUACUACUCCUCCUCCUCCGCGGGCAGGAGCGGCGCCGGCGGCCGCUCCAAGACCCACCGCCCCGGCCGCGGCCUCCUCGGCGCCAUCUUCCCCAGGAGGAUCACCCUCCUCCGCCUGAGGCCCGGCGGCGGCGGCAGCAGCAGCCGGACGACGCCGGCGGCGUGCUCGUCCGCCUGGUCCUCCUCCUCCUGGUCGUCCUCCACCAGCUCGAGCUCCAACACGUCGUCCACCAUGUCGCCCGUCUUCACCGUGCAGUCGCAGUCGUCGCCCGCCGUGCACGUGGUGGGGGCUUCCCGCGGCCACCACAGGCGCGCGUUCUCGGCUGGCGCCAGCGGCGGCGGCGGCGACGACGACGACGACGCGGAGGCGGAGGAAGCCGCCACGCCGCGGUGCUUCUGGACGGACCGCGAGUGCUGCGAGAGGCGGGUGAUGGUCAAGGGGUGCGGCGUCGCCGUGGCCGUCAGGAACGCGCUGGCCACCGUCGUCGCCGGCGGCAAGCCCGGCCGGCGAGCUGCCGCCACUGCCACUACCAGCGCCGCAGCAUAGAGAGGCUUUUUGAUUGAUAUAUGAAUAUGCUUAAAGCUCAGGGUGUGCUUUGCAUUUUGCCGCAGCAGGUGUAAUGUAAUCUAUGUGCUUUGUAGUAACUUGACGUGCAAUGCCAAAAUUAAUCGUGCAUGACAUAUAUAUAUGAAACAUAUAUAUAUUUAUAACAGUAAGUAUCUACGUCAUGUACGCAUGUGUGUAUGUAUUUUACCGUAUAUAUAUGUGUGUAUAUGUAUCCUCCUGUUUACUAUCUGGUCCUGCAAAAAUAUUUGUGCUUGUCCCAAAGUUGUUUUUUUU